GUCGGCAUAUGUCACGCCACGUGUGAAGGUGUAGAGUAAGCAGUUUUAGUGUAAUAAAUAGGAACGGCACACGAGGUUCAGAUCUCUUUCAUCGUUCAGUGUGCGUUGCAGUCAGUUUUGUCAUUUUUUAAAAAGAACCCCCGACUAGAUAACUCGUUAAGUGGCGCAGCCGGUAGGAUUAUCGCGAAGUGGUGUUUAAAAAAGUGCUACGGACGACAUGAACUGAUUCAUCAUCAGCAGCGGCGACAUCCAACAUAAUCACGCUCAGGAUAAGACUGGAUCAUCAUUCAGCAGGCAGCGACAUUACAGAGGAUCACGUUACACAUAAGACUGGUGGAAUCAACCAACCGAUCUGAAGCACGCCACGGCGAUCUCCAUGGCCAUCAUCAUUUUCGGACUGCUCCUGCUGACGUUAGGAAACGCAGAAAUUUAUAUUCAUGACAUCAGGCAGAACCCCAUCAUUAUACUCCCUAUCGGCACAGCAAAAAUUUGUAACAGCUAUUUAAGAAUUGUGCAUUCUAUAGAACUAGGUCCUAUAAAACAAGUUAUUGAUUAUUUAUAUUCAGAAGCACAGAAAAAAAUUAUCUAUGACAAAUUAUUAAGUCCAAUUAUAAAAACAAAAAUUGAAAAACUGUCCCUUACAUUUAGAAAAAUUCAAUCAUCAGACAAAAGAGUAAAAAGAUGGGAUAGCUUAGGGAAAGGUUGGAAGUACAUAUCAGGAAGUCCUGAUGCCGAUGAUAUUAGACUAAUUAAUGCAACUAUAAAUUCAAUGAUAGACCAGGAAAACAACCAGAUCAGGAUUAAUUCCGGGUUGGAUAGCAGGAUUAGGAACAUAACAUACAGUAUAAACGUCCUUAUCUCCAAGUUCAGUAGCCUGUCAACAGAGUUUAACGAAGGAUUUUCUUCGGUCAACCUACUCUUCAAUAUAGAUGAGCUGAUCCAACAAGUCGAGACAAUUGGCGAAGCCAUAACCUUAGCACGAGUAAACAUCCCGAGCAGCAGACUUAUCAGCCUCACCGAGUUGGCUGUAGCACAACAGUUUUUGAAGGAUCAAGGACUCGACGUAGCCACAGCGGAAAGUGUACUUGAAAUUGCUCGAGCAUACGUGGUAACUACCAGGGAAUCCAUAAAGUAUAUAUUAAGGGUACCGAAGGUAACAAACGAAAUUUACACUCUCUACCAAGUUGAACCAGUAAUAUCUAACGGAACUAGAGUUCAACUUGACGCCAACUUCUACCUGAAUGGAACAACUCCGUAUUGUUCAAAGUCAAUCUGCGAUCAAUAUGCAAACCACUUUAUUUGUCAAUCUUCGCAGCUUGAGUCUCCAUAAAAAUGCAUCCAGAAAUUGAUGAGCGGCUCCUCAGCGCACUGCCCCAUGGAGAAAGUCUAUGGCCGAAACAUUAUCAAACGGAUCAACGAUGCUACAAUCAUCAUUCACGAAGCAGACAUCACGCUCAAAUCAAACU